UGAUAGUUUGAGUUCCCUCAUGUAACAGAUAGAAAAAAGUUUACUUAACCUAUCCAUGUUAUAAACAUAACAACAACAACAUUAAACUAAUUUAUUAACCGCCCUUAUAAUUUAAUUUACUUAAAUAAUUAUUCUGUCUCUAUAGAUAUUCAAAACUUUCUAUAGGUAUUCUAAAUAUUCUUCAGCUAAAUUUUAAAAAAUACUAAUAUUGUUUGUUGUGAGUGACAACAAUUUAUUUUGUUGUAUAUACACGAAAAUUUAAUACUUUGAAAACAUGGCCAGAAAUGCAGAAAAAGCAAUGACCACUCUUGCUCGGUGGCGAGCAGCACAAGUCCAGGAAGCAGGUGGACAGCGAGAACGACGACCAUAUCUUGCAUCAGAGUGUAAUGAUCUACAGCAAGCUGAAAAGUGGCGGCUGCAGAUUGUUAGAGAAAUUGCCAAAAAAGUUGCCCAGAUACAAAAUGCUGGUCUUGGUGAAUUUCGCAUUCGUGACUUGAAUGAUGAGAUCAACAAACUAAUGCGAGAAAAGCGACAUUGGGAAGUGCAGAUUAAAGCUCUCGGCGGACCAGAUCAUGCUCGAGUCGGUCCAAAGAUGCUAGAUCAAGACGGAAAAGAAGUCCCUGGAAACAGAGGAUACAAAUACUUUGGAGCAGCUAAAGAUUUACCAGGUGUGAGAGAACUGUUUGAGCAAGAGCCACCGCCACCGCCGAGACGCACAAGGGCUGACCUCAUGAGAGAUGUGGAUGCAGACUAUUACGGAUACAGGGACGAUGAUGAUGGUCUGUUGUUACCAUUAGAACAAGAAGCUGAGAAAAAAGCGAUAGCCAAGGCUGUUGAAGAAUGGAAAAUAAAUAGGGAACAAAAUAAAGAACAAGACUUACCUGAAGAGGAAAAUAUUUAUCCAGAAGAUCCCGAUGAUAAGAGAAUAGAUGAUGAUGAUGAUGAUGUUGAAGAGGAACCAAGUAAAGCCACGUCACACGUCGCGGUACCAUCGCAAAAGGACAUCGAGGAAGCUUUACUUAGGCGAAAGAAACAGGAACUACUAGAACGUUACGGAUGUUUAGAUGUCAAAAUAGAAGAGAACUGAUAAACAUAUAUAUUUUAAUUUAAUAUCUACCGGUUUAAGUUACUCUUAAUUAGAUUGAAAAAGCACUGUUUUUAUAUAUAGUACCCUUUGGUAUGUAUGAGUUGAUAAAUUAAAAUAUAAUGUGUGCUUACCAAAUUUAUAAGCUA